GAUCGCUUCGCCUUCACCCGCGUGUCUGAUCAGCGCCCCAAGCACCUCGUGGCUUCGCCCCUAGCUCCGCCCUGCCUCAUCCCCCCGCCAGCCUGUCCCCGGCUCUACUCCGGACUCCCCCCAGCGCAUUUCGUGUCCCCUCAGGGCCCCCGGACUGUCUUCCGCUGUCGCCAUGACCGCGGCGGUGUUUUUGGCUGCGCCUUCAUCGCCUUCGGGCCUGCGCUCGCUCUCUACGUCUUCACCAUCGCCACCGACCCGUUACGCAUCAUCUUCCUCAUCGCCGGAGCAUUCUUCUGGUUGGUGUCUCUACUGAUCUCAUCCCUUUUUUGGUUCAGCAAACUCACUUCUGGCAACAAAGAUGAACCAGUACAGAAAUAUCUGCUCAUCUUUGGAGUGCUGCUUUCAGUCAUUAUCCAAGAAAUGUUCCGGUUUGCAUAUUAUAGACUUUUAAAAAAAGCCAAUGAGGGUUUCAAGAGCAUAAACCCAGAUGAGACAGCACCAUCCAUGCGAUUGCUGGCCUAUGUUUCUGGCUUGGGCUUUGGAAUCAUGAGUGGAGUAUUUUCCUUUGUGAAUACCCUGUCUGAUUCCUUGGGGCCAGGCACGGUGGGCAUUCAUGGAGAUUCUCCUCAGUUCUUCCUUAAUUCAGCUUUCAUGACACUCGUUAUCAUAUUGCUGCAUGUGUUCUGGGGCAUUGUCUUUUUUGAUGGCUGUGAGAAGAAAAAGUGGUACAUCCUUCUUAUUGUUCUCCUGACCCAUCUGCUGGUGUCUGCCCAGACCUUCCUAAGUCCUCAUUAUGGAAUAAAUCUGGUGUCAGCAUACAUAAUAAUGGUGCUCAUGGGUAUCUGGGCAUUUUUUGUUGCUGGAGGCAGUUGCCGAAGCCUGAAACUCUGCCUGCUGUGCCAAGACAAGGACUUUCUUCUUUACAACCAACGCUCCAGAUAACCUCUGACAAUCUGCAUCUCCCAGACAGCAGGCUACAUCUUUAGAGGAAGCACACCUGUGCCUUUUUCUAAAAAAAAAAAACCUUCUCAUGUAAUUUAGAAAAAAAGUAAAACUAUCUAGACUGGAAUUCCAUUCAUGUGGCGUAGCAGUGGUCUGCAGCCUGGCUGUACACUAGAAUCACCAGGAAGCAUAAAGAAUACUGACUCUGGCCUAUCCUUCCAGAUUUAAUUGGCCUGGGCAUUCAGUAAUUUUUGAAAGUUUCAAGUGAUUCUGAUGUGUGGUGAGGCUGAGCGUCAUUGGGCUCUACAUGGGAAGUUACUGAGAACAUCCAGAGUGAAUGAGACUCUGGUGUUUUAACUAGCUCCUGACUUCUGCUAAACAAGUAAAUUUCUAAAUGUCAAAUCCUGUUAGCCUUUGUCCUUUUAUGUUCAGAAGUUCCAAAAGGCUAAAGAGCUAUGAACUGUUUUCAUGUCCUGCACUAGUACUGUCAGAAAAACAUGAUAGGCUGUACUUCUAAAUGCAGUAAGUUAUACUGACUUACUAGAACUUAGCCAAAGUAAAAUUUGAUUAAUAAGCUAUAUUUUCCCUAAGUUUUUCCAUUGUCAGUUGUUUCUUUUUUUAGGUAUUACAUUAUUUUUUAAUAUAACUUCAAGUUUCUCUUUUUUU